UCAAAUACAUAAGUUUAGUUGAGUUAACAACAAAUGGCAGCUCCUACUACACCCACAACCGUCCAGCUUGUAAAUGAUUCCGGCGACACUUUAACGUUGGUUUCGUCGACCUAUGGAGGUGUUUCUAACGUGAUUAAGAGCGGCGAAUCGGUUGUAUUCGAGCAGAAUACAUCGCUCAAUACUUUCGGAUCUGCUGUAUAUACGAUCGGAAAAAUAGCCAUAUGGAUCGUUGUUUGGACCGCUAAUAACCAAGUAGCUACCUCGAUCCUACCUGCUGGUACCCCUGCUAUUUGGGAAGAUAUCUGGAACAAAAUUCAACCCGACCGUGCGGAUUAUUCAUACCUCUCCAGUUAUGGUUGGUUAUACAGGUCACAAGUAGAUAUUAAAUCAGAUGGUGAUGCUCAAACCUUAAGCGCCCUACUAAUGUCCUCUGAUCCAAAUUAAGCUGAGCUUUGCUUUGCUUAAUUACUCUUUGCAGCAAUCCAUGGUGUGAUGGUGAAGCUGUCAAAACUAAAUAAAAUACUUGUUUAUUCCAUGCACUACUAUUUAAAUAAAUUUGACAGCUAUCAACAAAGGAUUGCCACUGUCUCUAGCUUUUCAAUUAUGUGUGUUUAGUUUCUCUCUUAUACUUGUAAUAAUUUCAAAAAAUAGUA